AUGGCAUCAACAUUGGCAUCGGCGGCUCGUGCGGCUACUCGUGCCGCGGUCACCCGCAGUGUCUACAGCGACACCCGCAACAAUUUGAUGAUCAACAAAAGCACCAAAGUCAUCGUUCAGGGAUUCACCGGACGCCAAGGAACGUUCCACAGCAAGCAAAUGCUCGAAUACAACACCAACGUCGUCGGUGGAGUCUCCCCAAACAAGGCCGGACAAACUCAUCUCGGCCUUCCAGUCUUCGGAACCGUCGCCGAGGCCAAGGAUCGUACCGGUGCCGACGCCACCGUUAUCUAUGUUCCAGCCGCUGGAGCCGCCCGUGCUAUCCAUGAAGCGAUGGAUGCUGAAAUCGGAUUGAUUGUGGCGAUUACUGAGGGAAUUCCACAGCAGGAUAUGAUUCGGGUUAAGAAUCGUUUGUUGAAGCAGAACAAAUCUCGCCUUCUCGGCCCUAACUGCCCAGGAAUCAUUGCCUCCGGAGACUGCAAAAUUGGAAUCAUGCCGGGACAUAUUCAUAAGAAGGGGUGCAUCGGAAUCGUGUCUCGCUCUGGAACCCUCACCUAUGAAGCCGUCCAUCAAACCACCGCCGUCGGUCUCGGUCAGACACGUUGCAUCGGAAUCGGAGGAGAUCCGUUCAAUGGAACCAACUUCAUCGAUUGCUUGGAAGUUUUCCUGGAAGAUAACGAGACUAAAGGAAUCAUUCUGAUCGGAGAGAUUGGUGGACAGGCAGAAGAACAGGCCGCAGAGUUUUUGAAGUCUAGAAACUCGGGACCGAAUGCCAAGCCAGUUGUUUCGUUCAUUGCUGGAGUCACCGCACCGCCAGGACGUAGAAUGGGACACGCUGGAGCGAUCAUUGCAGGAGGAAAGGGAACAGCUGGAGAUAAGAUUGAAGCUCUUCGGAACGCCAAUGUCGUUGUCACUGAUAGUCCGGCCAAGUUGGGAAUCGCCAUGCAACAGGCCAUGCUUGGAUAA